GAUGUAGUUGGGAUUUUGCUCUGUCAGUAACACAUGUGGAUGGGCGGCGGAAAGAGACGCGCACGGAGAGGGGGCCUCCCUGCGAGUCCUGCCAGCGCCGCCGCCACGGAACCCCAGCGGUAGCAGCAGCGGCUCCUCGCCCCGGCCCCUCUCCCGCUGCCCGUGCGCGGGGCUCCGAGGCGCUUUCCCGAGCGGCGGGAGGUUGGUUCUCUGCUGCAGGAGGCUCCGGACCCGGCCAAGGAGGGUGGAGGUUGAGGGCGGGGGGAGCGAUACAAAGUGAAGCCACAUUGCCAAACUUACCCAGCGAUUGCAGCGGCGCCCUGCGCCUACAGCCCAGCGGCCGGGACCGAGCGCCGCGGCUCCCCUCCAGGAAGCGGGGGCUGGAGGGAGGACUCUGCCGCACGUCUCUCGUCUGUAUUUUGCUAGCCGGGCUGCACUGACGGGCGUGGGGGGACUCUGCCGGCGGACGCGAGCCCCAGCCAGCGAACAUUGUGUUGGUUCUUUGCAAGAAAACCGCCUGCCCCCCGACACACCACCCUAUAAACCAGAGCGACGCUGCUCCCCGACCUCUUGCAAUAUAGAGGGGAAACAGACCAUGGUGAACCCGGGCAGCAGCUCGCAACCUCCCCCGGUUACUGCUGGCUCCCUCUCGUGGAAAAGAUGCGCAGGCUGCGGGGGGAAGAUCGCGGAUCGCUUCUUGCUCUACGCCAUGGACAGCUACUGGCACAGCCGAUGCCUGAAGUGCUCCUGCUGCCAGGCUCAGCUGGGGGACAUCGGCACCUCCUGUUACACCAAGAGCGGUAUGAUCCUGUGCAGAAACGACUACAUCAGGUUAUUUGGAAAUAGUGGUGCUUGCAGCGCUUGUGGACAGUCAAUUCCUGCUAGUGAGCUGGUCAUGAGGGCACAAGGCAACGUCUAUCAUCUUAAGUGUUUUACAUGCUCUACCUGCCGGAAUCGCCUGGUCCCAGGAGACCGGUUUCACUACAUCAAUGGCAGUUUAUUUUGUGAACAUGAUAGACCUACAGCUCUCAUCAAUGGCCAUUUGAAUUCACUUCAGAGCAAUCCACUACUGCCAGACCAGAAGGUCUGCUAAAAGGUCAGAGUAAUGCAGAAUGCGUGCCUUCAUCUCAAAUUUUGUUCAUCACAGAUGGAUCCCAUGUCUCCAGUAGACAAGUCACCUUUGUAGCUAGCAUCAAUGCCAGCUCCAUGCCAUUGCACCUUCUUUAUUCUUGAUUGCCCUUCCUACAUUUAUUGGUGUAUUAAAAUGACUGAAUAUGAACAUUAAGGACUCCAUGAACCUGGGCUAAUGGGAGACUGUAGAGAAAAUGAAAAAAGAUCCACCGGAGGACAUCUUGGGGGGCGGGGGUGGGGAAAAUGUCUAAGGAAGCUAAUUAAAAGCAGCAUUCUAAUCUGCUUUCUACCCUCGUUAACAAUUAGCAGGGCACUGGCCAGAGUUUGUACCCAGUGUUUUACCUUAACAACAUUCUAUUUGCUCUUUGUAUAUUUAAGUGUUGUAAGGAAAUGUGUUUCAAUCAAACUGAACAUGAGAUAAAGGAAAGAUGUGGCUUUUGUGAUACUCUAUCACAAACACUUUUAUUGUAUCUCUGUAAAAUACAAUGUAUGUAUGCAUGUAAGUGUUUUUGUCCUACUGUUGCUACUUCCCAUGGCGCCAAAAAAAAAAAAAAAAAAAAAAAAGGCUCAUAGCAGCUACUGUGUAGAAAUUUUCACCUACUUCUAAUUUGCUGAAUGAAGAAAAAUCUUUUAUUUGUGAUAUUUUCAGAGACAUUUGCUCUAGUAUGGUGUAUUUAAAUAAUAAAAACUUAAAACAAAAACAUUUAAUUGACUUUGGGUUUUAAAAGCUUUGCUUUGUUAUACCACAUUCUAAACUUUAUGUAGCAGUUGCUUUAAUUGUAAAUUACUUUUAAAUCUAGUUUUCUUCUUACAGUUUUAUGCCAAUAAGGAAUAUGUCAAACUACUUAACCAUGUCACUUUUGGCAGAUGUACAGAGCAAUGCUCCAAAACCUUUUUGUUCAGAAUAUUAAUUCUGAUAACAGCAAGCAUAUCAUUACAGUUCAGCCAUGUUGCAAUGAAUCUUGGUAUGUACAAAAGUAACCACGGUCUUCCUUCAGAAGGGAACACUAUAUUUAUAAAAAUGUUACAGGAAAAACUCACAACAAAGGGGUAUGUGUUCUCUGACACAAUUCUUGAAUUGGGUAGUCCUAUAAGGGGGUAUAGUAGUACCUCUGAAUCUUGGCUAUAGGAGAAUAAAUCACACUGAACCGUGGUGGUCUUGAGGGAAGAAAAUGCCCUUUCCUGGCCUGUUUGGCACUAACAUGGUCUUAAAUGUGAUUUGUUCUUGACUUCCCCCCCCCCCCGCCAAGUUUGAAGGAGAAGUAGGAUUUCACCUAGUUUUUUCUUGAAAUGCUUAUUGGAUAACUAUAGGGCAUUCAGAAAAAACAUCCCAUGCUCUUGUUAGAUGUGGAAAAAAUAUAUUAUGAACCUAUGGACAUAUGCUGUAUGCCUUUAUACCAGGCAACAAUGUAAAGUAGGCCUGGGAGAUGCCUCUGCUGCAUUGCAACAUUGUUAAACAUUAGCAAAAGUCACUACUUUUAUCAUAGGCUAACAAGCAUGAAGUAUAUAACACUUCUAUUCACAUUUUUAAUUGUGCUUUUAAAAAGGUAUUUAUUCAUCUUCCCUGGUUACAGAGCAGCCAUGACACAUUAAGUGUUUCUGGUGUUGCUGAUGGGAGACGUAACCUAAAGUCCAGCUUUUUGUGUAUCUAAACAACCAACAGCAAGCUUCUCUUCACAUCCUACUUCUUGGAACUUCUCUAUAGCCAAAGUCCACUGAAUUUCUGCUUUUAACACUUCAGUGCUUGGAAAAAUAAGACAUUUCUUUGGGGGAGGAGAGACUGGUUUACCAUAUGCUGUCAGGCACAAAAGACAAAUGUGUGAGUGCAUUAAGUGUGUGGUAUUAAAAAUUCUCUUAUGGAUAGUUUUCAGGGCUUUAUUUUUUAAAAAUAUAAUUACAGAUUUUCAAAAUGCUUCUAAGCUUUUUUGAUCCAGCAUUAAAUCUUUAGGUAGAGUCCUGCAAAUUGUGCUGCUUUAAUUUCUUUGCAAAGAUGCUUUGAGACAUACGAAUAUAGAAUUCAAGUAUUAGUGAGACUGUAGACAUUUUAUAUUCUAUCAAUAUAAGCACUCAUGGUGGAGUAUUUAAACCUAACACAUACAGCUUUUUAAUUGUCCAAUAACCAAGAAGUGCUAAGAAGAUGGUUAAUAACUUUUAGUAAGUAAUGUAGUAUGGCAUUUAGUGAUGUAGAGGUUGAAGUUCAUUAAAGGCUUUAAAUAAACUAUUAUAUGACUGGUUUGUAAAGCACAGCUACCUAUUUAAUAGCAAGCUUUAAAAGCAUUUCGUAAGUUGCAGACCUAUAAGAUUACAAAUGUCACUCAUGUUAGCAUAAUCCACAUGCAAGUGGUGAAGCCUUUGCUUUGAUGUGCUAAAUUGGAGGAGGACUAAUGGAGCUAUGAAUAUACAAUGGCACAUAUUUAAGUAGUAUUCUUGCUUUAGGUAAAACACUUUCUUGAAACCGGAGGCAUUUCAAACAAUAAAAUGGGCUUUAAUGGGGAUGCUAGGUGUGGACAGAAGGCUCCUGGAAACACUUAGAUUUGUCCUUAUGUGAGAAAUAACUCGUGCUAUUUUUUUUUCCUCUUGAGGUUUACAAGGAAAACAUGUACUUGUUCACCUUUUAUCACAUGUGUUUACUACACUGAUUCUGUGAAAUAUAUGCUGUUUGGUGUUUCUGAAAAGCCAUACAACUACAGUGCCAUUUAGUAAGAGCUCCCACACUUUCAAAGAUGAAUGCUAUUUUAAAAAAAUGAAAUAUUACUAAUCUGAAAUCAGUGAACUGAUAAAAUGUUCUGUUUAUAUUGCAUAAAUGUCUCAAUCAUAUAAAUUGUCUCUUAUUAAUGAAACAAUUUUGUAAAAAGAUUGCUCCCUAAAAGGGUUUAAUGUUUUUACCUAUCCAGCUGUCUAGUUAUGAGAUUUACUCAUCCCAGCAGGCACUGGGACAUUAAGCCUUUCCAAACCAAAUUCUGUUUGCCACAAGAUACUGUCUUUCCAGUCUUUCAUGAUUUAUCUUUAAAUAUUUAAACAGGUUAUGCAAUAUCUUAUGAAAUAUAAAAUGAGGCUGUCGCACCAGAAUGAAGCCUCUGAAAUUAAGUCACAUAUUAAGAAUAUUAACCACAUUGAGUUUCUCCUGUUUGCCUUAUUAACACUGAUAAAAUUUGCAUCAACUAAUUUUUGGUUAAAUACUAAAAAAAAAAAAAAAUUGUAAAUGCCAAUAUAGUAUGAGUUCAUAUCCCUCACUAUUAUGAUUAAAAAAAUUAGUUUCAAAUUAUAUUAAACUCUCUACUGUCCAAGAGUUAUAUAUCAGAGUUUCGCAAACAGCCAUAUGCCAGUAUUCCAAACAGCUCUAUUAAGAAGAGGGGGGUGGAAAAGAGAGAGAAAAGUCAAUGGAUGCUGAAAUCUUUAAUUUUAAGUACUUAAUGCAACACUAAAGCAGGUAUCUCUAAGUGGUUGUGUUCUUGGUCUGACCUCGGUACGAGAAACUAUAAAACAUGAAGUAGUAGAUAGCCAUUGCUACUGCUUGUUGCUUUGGUUCCAGGUGUAUGUCUAUUGUCAGUCCAGCUAAGCCACAGAAAAGCUUAUUGCAAUUAAAUAGCAAUUUGUUUCCAUGAAACUGCAAUUAAAGUAUUACUGAGCAGCCAUUUUAGAUUGGCAGUGCUUCGAAUGCAUGUUAAACAGUGAGCAGCUCUCAUUUUAUCUCUGUAGAGUCUGAGCUCUGAAUAAUAGUGAAGUAUAACAUGCUCACCUGUGUCCCUUGUCAAGUUAAAAGAAUCUGAGUCCUCACUGAAGCACUCUGAUCUCAUUGUGAACAUGCUGAGAGCAAUGACAAGUCAGGGCUGAGCUUCGUAAGUUGAACUUGUGACUUACAGUACCUAAAGUUUAUUAUGAUCUGUUCUUGUAUAAGCAAGGAUGUGUACAUUUCCUACAGCAAUUGUUUUCAACUUCAGAUUGAUUCUGUUGCGAAUGGACUGCAAGUUGGGGGGAGGGUCAAGCCAAUAAUGUACUACAGGUCCUGACUUGUUAGAGCUGUGUAAACAGGGCUACUGUAUCUCCAUAAUUGCAACUAAUAAAAGGCUAGAACAAAAUGCAAA